AUGGUGCAGCGUACCAACGGGGGGCCCCUAGACACUGCUGAGGACAGACAGGGGCCCCUUUUGCCGCAGCAUGCAGCUCCCCAUGAUUUCGGCCCCGAAACACCCCAACCCCAAGACCUCACGGGGUACGAACUAUUAGAUGUCUUUGAGGCCCUGGAAGCUCCUGGGGCCCAGGCUGCUGCUGCUGCAGCAACAGCAGCAGCAGAUUUCCCUGUGGGCAGUCCCCACUGCAAGACCCCCUGCAGCGCCGGGGCCCCUGAGGGCCCCCUCUCUUCGUUCGAACAGUGGAUGCGCCCGAUAUAUGGGCAGCUCGCGCAGCCUUCUGGGGCAAGAUGCUGGGAAGGGGCCCCCCCGGGGGCCCCCCGGGGGCCCUGUGCUUCCUCGGAGGGGCCUCAGGGUACAGACGAGGGCCACUGCUCCCCUGCAGAUGGUGCCGCUGCAGAGGGAAGCAGGGGGCAUUUGCCUUUGUCUGAGGCGCAUUCAUGCUGGUCUGCAUCUGCUGCUGCUUCUUCGUCUUCUCCCGAAGAAGGCCCCGAACCCCUGCCUUUGGGGGCCCCAGAAGAAGAGGGCUUGAGGGACCCGGCUUCACUUGAGGACCCCGAGGGCCCCGGGGCCCCUGACCUGGGCCUCUUAUCCUAUGCAGAGUCUGCACAGACGCAGCCGGGGGCCCCGGCUUCCGGCAGGGACGGUGUAGAGCAGCAUGCGGGGGCCCCUGGGUCUGUUGCUGCGUCUUUGGGUCCCCCUUCUGCGCCAGCAGUUGUUCGUUCUGCUCCUGCUGGUUCCCCCGUGAAUCCUCCGUUCCCUGGGCUGCCUGACUGGGGCCCCCCUGAGGGGGGGGCCCCCCUGCCGGGUUCUGUGGGUGUGCGGAGAGAGCCUGGGGCUGGGGGUUUAGGGUCUGGGGGGGGCCCCCGUCGCCCGUGUUUGGUGUUGUUAGAUUUGGACAACACACUGAUACCGACGGGGUGGAUAAUGGCGUGCUGGCGAAAGGUGCAGCUGUACUUUGGGUUGCAGCAAGCUGUUGCAUGCAUUCGCCGGGGCCUCGCUCAGGCUGCGUUGGUGGGGGCCCUGGAGGCCCUGUUUGAUGAUCUGCGGCGGCUGAGGCAGCAGAGACACACCCAAAUUGUUAUUGUUACGAAUGCUGGGCUUCGUACAGUACAGGAAUUCUAUCUGGCGCCAGCAGUUGUUCGUUCUGCUCCUGCUGGUUCCCCCGUGAAUCCUCCGUUCCCUGGGCUGCCUGAUUGGGGCCCCCCCGAGGGGGGGGCCCCCCUGCCGGGUUCUGUUGGUGUGCGAAGAGAGCCUGGGGCUGGGGGUUUAGGCGCUGCUGCUGGGGAAAUGCUGCUGCUGCUGAUGCUCCGGGAUGGGUUGAGGAGUGCGUUGGUCGUUGCCUACGCGCGGCAACAACGGUGUGCAUGCGCGUUCGGGGCCCUGGAGGCCCUGUUUGAUGAUCUGCGGCGGCUGAGGCAGCAGAGACACACCCAAAUUGUUAUAGUUACAAAUGCUGGGCUUCGUACAGUACAGGAAUUCUAUCUCCGUCUCUGUCUCCCCGAGCUCAAAGAACUAUGCGAUAGAGAAAAGGUGUACAUACACUCCACUGAACACUUCGCUCAACGCGUUGGCCCCAUUCCACCCAUGGCUGAAGAAGAGGCUUUCUGCGAAUUCUAUACAGCUCUCAAGUACCACGAGUUUGAUUUCGUAGUGCAGCGCUACCUCAACGCGCUGCUUCGCCAGACCCCCAUCCCUCUGCAGGGGGCCCUGCAGACAGAUGAGGGAGCGGGGUCCCCCGUUGCCGCUGCUGGGGGCCCCCCUGAGGGGCCCCCUGAGGGGCCCCCUGAGGCCCCCCCUGAGGCCUGCCCUGAGGGCCCCCCUGGGAGCCCCCCCAAGGGCCCCCAAGAAGAUAGGGGGGCCCCCUCUCCCCAACGACGCUCUGCGCCUCCAUUCUGCAAGCGUGCGCGCACCUCACUACACAGAGAGCCCCCACAGUCACCUGGUUGCAGCAGCAGCAACAGAAGGGGCAGCGGCAGCAGCAGCAGCAGGAGCAGCAGCAGCAGCAGCAGCAGCAGCAGCGGCAGCAGCACGGGGCCUGACGCUGAGCGCUGCAAGCGGUGCAGCACCGAGAACGCGGAUUUGCAGGGCCCCUCGAGUGAGUCUGGUGUUCAGGGGGGCCCCAUGGAGGGGCCCCCCGGUCGCUCUCCUCGCAAAGCAGAGUCUGCAGAGGCGUCUUCGCGGUCGCCCCAAAUGCGGGAGCAGCAGCCAGCAGCAGCAGGAAGAGCAGCAGCAGCAGGAAGAGCAGCAGCAGCAGGAAGAGCAGCAGCAGCAGCACGAGCAGCAGCAACUGUGUAG